AGAUGCUUUCAAAGAAGGAGGAGACGAGGACUUUUGGUAACUGUCGUCUGAGAGACCAAUGGGAACAAAGAGCUCAGAGCAUCGCCGACCAGAACAAACAGCAGGCUGACUGGGACAAGAAGAGCUCCCUCAAAGUCCUUUUCUCAAAAUGGACCUACCACCAUACGAUCGUUUCCAAUGGCGACCUUACCAAAGGUGACAUAUCUGAGUUCAGGAAGGUCACCAGGGGAUUGGAUGAGCAGAACAAGCCCAAAAUUAAGUUCAAAGUAGUCCCUCCACCUCCGAAAGCCAAAGCUGAACCUCUACCACCUCCUACUCCUCCUCCCAGAAGGUCGGCUUCACCCAAACCCAAAAGGCCGAAGCGCAAAGUGGAGGUGGACAUGUUCCGGUUGUGUUGGAAAGAUUCCUGGAUGAGCCUGAAGCCACCGAAGUACCUGUUCCUGAAAGCCAAGGAGUUGAAAACCAGAAUCGCAGGUUUCACGACCAUCGAGCUGACAAAUGACAGGAAGUACAAAGCAGAGGGGGACGGAUCGGAACCCCAAUGGACAUCUUCUGUUGAGAAAUGGAGUCAGUCCUGGAAACAGGUGAAGAGUCCAGCCCAAUCGGAGCAUAUUGAGGUGGAACCUUUCCAGUGGGAUGUUCUGUUUGAAAAACGGAAGGUUUUCAAUAUUAAAGUCGGAGAAUACACUCUUCCUCGCUGGGCCGGAACCUGGAAGAUCAUGAACUUUGCCUUCAGGCAGCAGAAGAAGGACUGGGAUCACCUCUGGGUGGAUUAUGAGCAAAACGUCAGCAACAAGUUGGAGGAACUGCAGCAGCUGGAGGAGCAGGAUGAGCUCUUUGACUGGGAGGAUUCAUGGAAACUGUCUGAGGUAGAACUUGAAACUGAAGAUGACGUAGACUACGAGACUCAAACCGAAGAAUCAGAUGAUGAAGCACUCAGUGAAUUCAGUGAAUACACCGAAGACGAUGAGUCAGAAAGCUGCUCUGGAAUCAAUGCUGAAACAGACAGUGAACUCAUAAUGAGGAUAAAUGACUUUUGGAUGCCUGGAUGGAGCAAAUCCUGGCUGAUCUCUGCGGCUCCUCCAGAGGAAAACGAAGAACGCCGGGAAAGCUGGAACUCCUGUUGGGGAUACAAGCAGCAGAUCAGGUGGCGCGAGGGUUCACUGAGGUCCCAUCAUCAACAUGCGGACUUCCUGACAAAAAGACGUGAAACCACAAACCUUCUCCUCAUGUCAGACCUGGAUGAGGAGGAGAUCGCUGAUGCCACAGAGUGGAUGGAGGCCUGGAAGGCUCCUAAAGGAUGGGUCACCCUAGAGGAGGACGAAGAGGAGGAAGAGGAAGAGGAGGAGGAAGAUGAAGAGAUGAUGGAUGAUACAAAGGAAGAGGAGGAUGAAGGAGUAGAUGAUGAUGAGGAGGAGGAUGAGGGAGUGGAGGAGGAGGAAGCUGCUAACGAAAAUGAAGAGGACAACGAAGUCUUUAGUAAGAAGACUGAGGAGGAGGAGGAUGAUGAAGGAGUAGAUGAGGAGGAAGAGGAGGACAAAGAAAUAAACAAGAAGGAAAAAGAAAAAGACAGCAAAAAUGAAGAUGAGGACAAAGAUCGAGACGAGAAUGAGGAGGAAGAGGAGGAGGAGGAGACUGAUGAAGAUGAAGAAGAGGAGAAGGACAAAGAUGCACUUCAGGGAAAGGAAGAAAAAGACAAUGAAGAAAAGGAGGACAAUGAAGUAGAGGAAGAGGAGGAGGAAGAGGAAAAGGAGGAACAGGAAAAAGAUGACAUGAAUGAAAAUGAACAUAAAACAAAGGAGGAGGAAGAAGAGGACAACAAAUCAGAUGAGAAGGAUGAAGAAGAAGAAGAGGAGGAGGAGGAGGAGGAGGAAGAAAAAGAGAUGAAGAAAGCAAACAAAGAGAAAGAAAACACAACAAGGAAGAAGAAGCAGAUGCAGAAAAUGAGGAAGAAGAAGAGGAGGAGGAUGAAGACGAUGAAGACGAAGAGGAAAACGAAAAAGAUCUGGAUAAGGAGCAUGAUGAAAAAGUAGGCAAGAGAGG